UCGACCCUGCAGAGGUGUGCGCGCCGCGACGCGACACUGACCGGGUCCGGUCCGUUCGAAAGUUGCAGUUAAACUGCAGGGGUCAGACCGCGUUAACGGCUCCUCACCAUGGCGUGACGCCUUGAGAUCGGCCUGGCCGAAGAGACGGUGAAGAGCUUGGUGUUCAGGGUUCGCGAUACCCGGAAUCGGAAAUGGCUGACCGCGGUGGGGAGAAGGGCCGCGCCUCGAGGGCCUCGUCGACCUCGAGUUUGGGCCGCGAAGUGCGUUGCGGCUGUCAGUUUUACCAGAGCGAUUCUUUGCUCCCUGAACGGAAGGCGAUGAUAGGCCGACCGUCCUCGAGGACAGCGAUGCAGACACCACCGCCGAUGGUUUCCGGUCAUACGGUCCAGGGAGCCAGAUGCGAGCACGAAUACGAGCCGAUCGGGACUCCGGCGUUGGUGAUGGCCCGGAGCAACGCCAGCACACCUGGAACCACUGCACCGGUGGUGCGGAUCAACGACACGGACGUCGUACACGUCGCUGAUAGCGACGAGAGCAUCGACGCCCAGGAACGAAGACUUUACACCUCGAACAAGCUGGUCCUCGACGGGGACGUCGUCGUGCCGCUCGACGGCGAAAUCGAGGACAACGCGAUGCAGGCACGAGAACUCGGCGACAACGGCGACACGUCCGAGGACCAGGAGACACCCCAACAGCUCCAGGAUCGUCUCGAGGAGCGUUUCCUAAACGCAGCAACACCCUGCACCGAGUCCAGAACGGAUGCUGAGAUCAAUACGAGUCAGGUGGAUUCAUCGGCCCUGGAGGAGCUUCCGCUCCGUCGCGGCGCUCGGGGAUUUCCCCAGCGGUUGCGUUCUCAGGCAGGAAAGCUGCGCUCCCGUCUGCGAGGAAUACAGCGGCCGAGUUUCUCGUUGCCGGAACGACAAAAAACAGAUAACAAGACGAAAACGACAAAAGUUGAAAAGCCGAAGGUGGCGAAGCCGAAGAGUGAAAAAUCGCGGUUCUCGCUACCGGACAGACCAAAGUUCUCGAUGCCGGAACGGCCGAAAUUCAACUUUCCAGACCGGGCGAAAUUCUCGAUGCCCGAGCGGCCAAAGUUCAACAUAAAACGGCCAAACAUAAACCUGCCAACUCUGGGCCGCGUCCGGAAGCCACUGAAGGAGCGACAGAACUCGAGCGAAUCAAACUCCAGCGCAAAACGCAACAUAUUCGACUUUUCAACGUAUCCAAGACUCUUCGACAAGAAGUCGAAGAACCGGGGCGAGUACGCGACGUCAUCGCCGAAAGCGUCACGCGGCCAAUCGCCCGAAGUCGCGACCGUUCCCCGGGUCAAGAAGAAGGCGCCGAUCGGCGCAAGGUGGGUGCAAAAAUUCUCGGACCUAAAAUUCGCGGACGAUGAACCGGAGAGUGCGGUUGAGCGUUCGAAGCCCUGGCGCCAUCCCUCGAUAGAGGAACCUCAAGUCGCUUUUCGACGCGAGGCGACCGAAUCCAGAGAGCGACUGCCCUGGGAGGAAUCCGACGACCGUUCAAUCGAGCCGCCGGCACCGCCGCUUCCACUUCCCGACGAAAUAGCGGACGAAGAAUCCCGCGAAGAACGCGCCAACCGGGACCGAGAAGAGGACGAGGACGUCGACUACGAGGAGGACUCCGCGGACAUCGAGAACCGACGAAUAAUAGUCGCACUUCCGCUGGGUCACGGCUUGCUACCUAGUCCCGAAGAGGAGCUGGCAGCUCACGUCGUCGAGGAGGUUCCGGACCCGAGGCUCUAUCCUCGUGGACUGCGUGGCGACUCUUUGGAUGAGGAGAUGCGAAGGCGGGGGGCGAAGGAAAAGUGGCAACACGAAUCGGACGAGGAGAUGACUGGGGAGCGAGCGGAGAAAGAGGUGGUCGGGGAACGGGAUCCUUACGGGCACGAUGAAUACUCCGGGGAAAUGGUACCGGGAGACAGUUACGGCCGUGGGUUUAUGCCGAUUGAUCCACCGAUGAAGUACGUUUUGGAGCGGGAGCAGACGCCGGAGGAUUCGAGCAUGAGGUCGGACCGGGAACAGCAGUCCAGUGGAAGUUCGUGUGACCGUCGACGCCGCGGUGUCCUCGAAGAGAUAGACUCGGACGAGUUCUUCCUCCGCGCCAAGGGGAUAAGUCAGGACGACAUGAACCUGGGCCGGUUUCUGGCUAGCGAAAUCCGUGACGCAUUCAGGCCGACGCCAAACGCCCUUGCAGAUCAGGAACUGGACCUCCGUCCGCCGACGCGUCCCGUCCGAACCCGGUCCCUCAGGAAGAAACGGUGGGACGAAACGCCACCCCCGGAAUCGCACAAUGCAACGCCACCGGCCCGUCCAAAGAGGGACAGACGACGCAGCGAGGACUCCGUCAGGGUCGAGGAAUACGAGAGCUAUUUGCCAGAGAAAGCUGGGAGCGUUUCCGGGUCUCGACACCGCGUCAUGUAUCAGACUGAAGCUGUUCCCCGAGCCGCUGAACCUCUGGAUGAUAUCGUGGUCGUCAAGCCGGCUCGCAGGAAGUCCAGGUCCGUUGCCAGGAGCUGCUCGGAUUUAGGAUCUGACGCUCUUCCGCCACUUCCUACGCCCCCCACGCCUCCUGUUGCACCCAGGCGCCGGAAACGCGGCCGUCGUAAUUUCGGCGCCAAUGGAAACGGGCCGUACCUUAACGGGCACGGACCAACAACCACCAUCUGCAACGGACAUCGUCGGGACGUCGAGUGGUCAGAGGGAAUCGACUAUCCCCCUGAGGUUUCUAACGAGCCCGAAAACUUGAACCGCGAACAAUUGCAGACCUUGGUGAACCGUCUGGAUCACGAGUACAUAGAGCCAGCUCCGAUCGCGCCAAAGCGUAGGUCAAGGUCGCGGGGAACCUCGGUGGCAGACGACGACAGAACAUCGAGAGGAGCUGAGUCGCUACCAGAGGUGAGCUACCUCGACGAGGAGGACGCAGCGGGUCAGGAGACGGACUCGCGUGAUCUUCCGGGUUACGCUGUUGUCGACAAACGGGAAAAGCCCCCGAGACCACCGCCGCCGAGAAGACGUCGCGAAAAGUUCGCAACGUCGCCAAGAACCCCACCGACAACGGCGAUUCCAACAGUGCCAGUGAGGCCCACCCGUGCCUACAGCACUUUGGGACCAGCAGCGAGACGGCGGUCACCCUCCGAGGACAGGUCGGUGAACCAGAUGGACGUUACGCCGUACACAGAGCUCGACUCCGACGACCCGGACUGCAACGAGCUGCAGAGCGGUCAAGUCCUCAACAAGAUUCAAGGCCGGCCACUUCCCGCUCCGCCAAGACCGCCCAGAUCGCGUCGCGAUGCUCCGGAUCAGGCCAGCACAAUCUCGAAUGGCCUCGGCGAGGUUGCCGCGUCCACCCAGACAGACCCGCUGCCCGACGACGUGGUGAUAGAGGAAGAGGUGACCAGGGCGAGACUCGUUAUGACACCGUCGCGGGCUGGAUCUCAGAUCUUGGUUUCCACCGAGCGUGUCGCGACACCGACUUUCGGGAGAAAUUCACCUGCUGUGCCACCAUUGCCACAGUCAGUUCACUCCGAGAGGUUCGUCGAGCCGUCUGAAGAGGCCGAGACCGGAACGCCGGAUCCUCGCGGAUCCGAGGAGCGACCGGACAGACCGGUUACUCCGGCUAGACCCGCGAGUUCGCUCCUUCUUCAGCACGACGACAGGAUCAGGAUCGCAAGUCUGGAGGUAGGAGACCUUAAGGUGGAACGGCUGAAUGUAAGUCAGCUUGAGGCCCACAAAAUAUCGGCAUCUGAAGUAGAUGCGAUCGUUAUUUCCGCCUCGGAGAUGUCGAAUAAUUCGAAUACGUCCAACGCGGAGGACAGUGGAAUCCAUCCGUCGCUACUCAGGGAGUUGAUUGCGAUCAGGAGUCACCUCGAACAAGCCGCUUUGGCUCGUCAGGGACGCGAGCCGACUCCUGAAAGUUCGCGGGUCCAGACUAUCGACGAGAAGGUAAAAGACCAGCCUUUGUCCGCAGUCGACGAACUCAUUGAGGCAUUGAAGAAGUCUGACCACAGCGAUGAGGGAACUGAAAUCAUGGAAGAGAGUGAGAGAAUUGAUGAACAGGUUGAAACUAAUGAUGAAAAAACAUUAUUCGAAGCGCUUAAACCCAUUGAGGAGGAUCAGUCGAUAAGUAAAACUGAAACUGUUCAGGAAGUUAGUCAGCGAGACGAGAGAAAGACGGAGGUUACAGAAGACACCAAGGUUUUCAACAAAUCACCCGCAUCCGUAGAUAUCAUGGCGGUAAAACCCGAUGAUAAGACUCCCGAAAAAGUCCCCGAAGUUGAAAGCACCAGCGACUCGGUAUCUACAGUAAAAACUGCAAGUGUUGAAUCAGCUCUGUCACCACCGAUUAUCGAAAAUCUUGAACCGGCCAAGGCUUCCGCACCGCCGAAUAUUUCCGAACCUAAUACAGUAUCCAGCUUGAACACUGACCAAGAAGAGAUUCGGAUUCAAGGCCAAUCCUCUCUCAGAGACGAGAGCAAAUGUGAAAAACGUAAGUGUCCGAGAUCGAGGUCGUCCUCCCCGACGAUAGACGGAAAAAAAGCUGUGAGGCAGACGGCUUCUCCAGUGAAAUCGCUACCGCCGUUGAUCUCGGUGACACCUGACACACCCGAUCCAGUUCCUAGCCCAGUACCAGAAAUCCAGGCACAGCCGCAGCGCGCAACUGUGUCUUACACUCAAAGCAUAGACGAGGAGGUCUCUCUGAGGCAGCAGGUUGCCGGAGUCACACAGUUCGUGGCGUUCCCAACAUCCCAAAUUCCAGCAAACUUCUUCUCCCUAGCAUCCCCGAUCGACUCAAGGUAUGAGUCUGAACCGAGUAUAAUGGACAUGACCCAGCAGCUACUGAGGGCUCUUAGAUUGGCUGGUACCAGAGCAAUGAGGCAUUUCGUUGGCUAUGUCGCCUCCAGAGUAAGCACUGAAGACCGUGGCGAAAAGAUCAAGGAAAUUGAACUUGCAAUAUGCGCGCUGCUGCUAUUGAUAGCUGGCCUCCUCAUUUUAUGUUUUGGGUCACCGAGAACCGUGACGCAUCAUCAUCAUUGGGAUUACUUCAACCCUCCGCAAUGAGGCUGAGAUCAUCAGUGCACGAAUUUAUGAAGAAAUCUAUCAGAGCACAUGAACAUUUGAAAUGUGACAAAAACGGCUUCGUAUAUAUACGCCACACGUAUCCCUCGAAACAGAUUAAUGCACUAUUAUUUUGAUAUAAUGAUGAUAGUGGAUUUGUACGCAACCCUAUAGUUUGAUUUAUCAAAUUAUUAUUGUUUAUUAAUUAUAUUGUUGAUGGUUACCUACGUUUUAAUAAAUCUGUAAAUUAUUUACA